AUGGGUCUUGUGAAUCAGUCUGGGUUCUACGAACUUUCAUUCCGCGUGAUCAAACCAAAGACCUCCGGUCGGCCUGCAGCCUUCUUGGUCAUUUCACACACCAAUAACGGUGGCGACAGCCCCGGGUCCCUGUGGAGUGCAGACCCACCCCCGGUGGAUGCGCCCGAACUUGCGAUCUCCCGACGGACGGAGUUGGCCGCCAGGCUUGCUUAG